CCUAGAUGGAUUCUAUAAAAAGUGCACACAUUACGCACCCGCUGGCGUGUCAAUGGUGUCUAGAUGUGGCUGCGCAUCUUGGUUGCCAUCGCUAUGGAGCAUUGGGUGUGGAACCAGGAACCGCAUAUCAAUGACGUACAUGCACUAUGCAGCGUCAAGUCCAGGGACUGCUGGUCAACGUUUUGAGUGCUUCAUCGAAUCUAUCUGCUAUCUGUGCAUUCAACGGGCGAAAAAGAAGAGUGCAGUUUUUUGCCUCCAAACACAACGACUCGCGAUGGCAAGGGGCCGAAAAACUGAAGUCGCUCUCUAAACAAGGUUCAUGACACGAAGCGAGAAGAGGGCACGGACAAGAGGCCCUGUAAAACCCACCGACGGCUCAACUGAAUCGCCAAAACAAAAGGGUCCUGCACUGUGCCAUCGCCGCCAACACCCUC